GAUAAAGUGAACGCUGUAUGCACAUGAAUUUCCGAAGUCAGAGGCGGAUUGAACAAUAUAGAAAUAUUUUGGAAGGUAUCAGCUUGAGCACAUGUUAUUGCAAAUUGUGCAAAUGAUUCCAAAACAGACGAGUGGCAACCAGUAGAGUCUACGCAGGUACCCGGCGAGGUUACCAUGUAAACAUUAAAAGACGUAACAAAAACAGUAUAAGAAAACCAUGGCAGCCUCGGUAUCACUGGACCUUGGAAAAUUAGUGUCUAUCACUCAGACCCUGGAGAACAUCUUCCACCAGUCCUUUGGUCCCAAUGCCCUGCUGACCACAGUGCUGACAUCUACUGGGAAAGUGAUGGUGACCAGUAAUGGGGCAUGUAUACUGACCUCCCUACAGCUGGACCACCCUGUGGCCCGUAUGGUGUGUAGCAGCGCCUUGGCUCACCAUUGUUUCACUGGGGAUGGCACUAAGACAUUUAUCUUCAUGGUUGCUGAGGCCCUCAGAUCAACCCUGAGGAGGGCAAAGAAAGUAAAGAAUGGUUGCAGUGGUAGUGAGAAACCUCAUAUUAAUCAGUUUGUAAUAGAAGUGACUCAGGCUCUUGGAUAUAUAGUAUCAGACAUCUUACCAAACUAUGUAUUUCCUCAGUUAGAAAGGUAUGCCACUGCCACUAAAUUAACAGGAGACAUGACAGAGACAACACACGAAAUGACAUUAAAAGUUCUGCAGACCUCUAUGUUGGGAAAAGCUCCUCUUGAAGUGUCAUCACAUUUUAGCCACCUUUUGAGUAAAUUCAUAUCUUCCAUAGGAAAUUCACAUAAUGUUCUAGACAAAGUACUGUACCUCAUUGACAAUUUCCCGACAGUCACCAUGGAAAUAUCCAAUGACAAUUACUCAUGCUCACAAAUCAUCCCAGGUGUCCUACUUCCAAAGAAAUCUGUUACUCUCAUUGACUCUCUCCUUCAAACCUCAAAUAUUAAGUUUAUUUUGCUAGAGUGCUCUCUUGAAGGAGAUCAGGAUGAGCAGACUGACCUGCCCCCUGGUGUGCUUCAAGUUUCGGGAUACCAUGGUUUUCAGCAGGCAUUGCAAUGGAAAGAGCAGACAGUGAGGAGGAUUCUUCAACACUAUGCCAACUCAGGAGUUCAGUUGAUCAUUACUUCAUGGGCUGUCUCGGAGCUGGUGAUGUCCAUCUGCCGCGCGGUUGGAAUGGCUGCCAUCGGAGCUAUACCCCUGGAGGAUAUGGAAAGACUAGCAGCAGCAGCUGAUGUGAUCAUGGUUCAUGAAACACAUUAUGUCUUGUCAGAGGAAAAUAUAGCAACGAUCAAAAGUUUAAAAGAUAACAUCCCUACUGAGUGGAAACAACAACAUUAA